AUGGAAAAGAGAUCUUAUUGUUUGUUCCCUUACUCCGUGUUGCAGCGGGCUGAAGAAAAGGCUCGUCGUGAAGCUGAAUUCAUGGCCGAAAUGGAACGCAAAAGACGCGCUGAAAUGGCCGUAGAAGCAUAUCACAAUUGGCUAGUCAAGAAGAUGCGAGAAAUGGAAAUGAAGAAGCAGGCUAUUGAGCCGAAGGAAGCUGAAUCGAAUGCAACAGAGACUGAGCGACAACCUGAUAAGGGGCGCUCGUCUCGAAUGCAACAGAGCCAGGAAGAUUGUUUAAAACAACCGAUUCACGAGAAAGACAAGAUGAGAAAAGUCCGCGAGAAAGCCCGCGAAAGAUUGGCUAUGAUAGACAGUUUUGAUCCGAAGUUGAUUGAAGCCUGGACUCCACCCUCACAGCCCGUGGCUAGAAGACCUCAUACUGCCUUUGAAUGUACCUCCGAUUACCAGUGCAACACCCAACUCGAACAAGAUAUCUACAUGGUCAAUGUGGUUAAACAAAACGUGAUUAAAGUGUGCGACGAAGUCAGUGUGGAGCGCACCGCGGAAUGGAUCCACACUGAGACCGAUCCACGUACCGUCUAG